UUCGUAAUUUAGCUUUAAGCUUAGUGGUGCUCUCCGCUCUUGAAAGAAUGUUAUCGUGGCCGAGUAAUCAGGCUCACUGCACUGCGCCAGUCAAUGCCAGUCAUUUCACUCACAAUUCACACAGUUUCCAUUCGUCCGCCAGGGCAACCACACUUGCGUAGCGUCGUCGAAUUCAAUGUGUACAGUCUCACUGAACAUCACAAUAUAAUCAUCAAAUAUCGCCAUUGGGCGAUAAGUUAUCUUGUGCUAUGACGCGGCGAUAUAUUUUAAAGUUUUCACAAGAUAAGCGGCCUUGUGGUGAUUAAAAUUUUACGGUACAUGGGUAGAGAAUGUGCGCGGACUGUCGUUUUUGUUGAAAGAAAAAUACUGCCGUUAUAAAGUGUUCUUAUACUAUGUCGUUAUUUAAAAAGAAAGCGCCUAAAUACACGCCGCCACCGGUACCACCCACACCAGUAGAAGAUACUGAAUCACAGUCUAAUGGAGUCGAUAAUAGCAACGGUACGCAGAAGUCACAACUGGUCUUCCACUGUCAGCAAGCUCACGGGAGUCCAUUGGGCCUCAUCUCUGGUUUCUCUAACGUCAAAGAAUUAUAUGAGAAGAUAGCAGAAUGUUACGAAUUUUCACCCGAAGAUAUUCUUUUCUGUACUUUAAAUACUCACAAAGUGGAUAUGAAAAAACUUCUCGGAGGGCAAAUAGGAUUAGAAGACUUUAUUUUCGCGCAUAGAAAAGGUCGACCAAAGGAAAUAGAAAUAGUUAAAACAGAAGAUGCUCUAGGAUUAACGAUUACAGAUAACGGAGCAGGUUAUGCAUUUAUAAAAAGGAUUAAAGAAGGCUCCAUUGUUUCAAGAAUACCACAUAUUGAGGUCGGAGAUCAUAUUGAGAAAUUGAAUGGUGAGAAUAUGGUUGGGAAAAGACAUUAUGAGGUGGCAAAAAUUCUGAAAGACAUACCGAAGGGAACUACUUUUAUAAUGCGAUUGGUGGAACCAUUGAAGAGCGGAUUCGGUAGCAUCGGCCCUAAAACCGGUAGUGGGAGGUCAGGAAAAAAACAAAACUUUGGCUCAGGAAAAGAAACUCUACGUUUUAAAGCGAAUGGCCAAGCAACAAUAGAAAAUGAGCACGAUGAUAAAUCAAAGGCUGGAAUUGAAAAAAUCAACGGUCUACUGGAAUCAUUUAUGGGUAUCAAUGAUAGUGAAUUGGCAUCGCAAAUGUGGGAUCUUGCCGAAGGAAAACAAAAUUCUAUGGAACUCGCAGAGGCUAUCGAUAACAGCGAUCUUCAAGAAUUUGGUUUUACAGAUGAAUUUAUCAUUGAACUAUGGGGAGUUAUAACUGAUGCUAGAUCUGGAAGACUCAGUUAGAACACAAAGACUCAGAUUAAAUUUACGCAAGUGCACUUAUUGUGAAUUAAUUAUGUAGGUAUUUAGAUCAAAUUGAAACGUGUACCUAUAGUACAAUCGUGAUUGUGAUAAAAUGAUAAUUUAGGAAGAAUAUAUUUCAUUAUUACUAAAUUGACGAACGCUUUUCGAUACGAUCUUUAAAUUAACAAAAGUGUAAUUUUAAACAAUUAUCGAUAUCUCUAUAUUUUUGUGUUUAUCAUUAUUUCGGAUAUAAUACUACACACAACAGGUUUCAUCAUCAUUAUCUUUGCCUAAUGAAUUAUUUUAUAUCUAACUGAUAAUAUCCAGCUAUUAACGAAUGUUUUUUAUUUAUUAUAAGGACGCGCUGACAUUCGCAUGUCUCUGUAGUAGGUGUGCAGUGUUUGUGUACCUAUGAUUGAUGAUAAUAAUUAGCCUAUAGUCUAUACCAACACUAUUUUUACUAAGAGCAUUUAUAGGUGCUAUUUAAAUAUAUUACAAUAAACAUACUGCGUUUUAUAAAUUUUUAAUUGUACUUGCAAUGUAGUAAGUAAUUAUAAAUUUGUGUGUUUUAAGAUGGAUUUGAGUUCUAGAGAGAUUGAUGAUGUUUUUAACAAGUAGAUGUUCAUAUUUUUGCACCUAAUGUGUCUUUACUCGAGUCAUUAGACUGUAAGUCACCUAUGUGAAAUAAAGUUGAAUCUACUUUAAUAUAGUAUUUUCUAUAAAAACUGUAGUAACAUAAGCUAGCUAUAUUGUUGAGUAAUUACACAGAACAUAUUUUAACAAUACUAAACGUGGUAAUAAGAAUGUUUGCUGAGAUUUUUUUCCAUGCUACAACCACUUGGGAGGAACCAUAGUCGAAGCGGGCAAUGAGAUCUCUGAGGUAAAUCCAUAGCCAUUUUGCAUUAAGAAGAACCAUUGGACCUUUGGACCUUGCAGUUGUUAAUGGCCACUGGUGAAAAACCUCCUUAAUGAUGACUCUUUAAAAUAUAGGAAUUUCAUCAAAUUAUCAAGUCAUAAACUGCUUACAGAGAAAAAGUAUGUAACUUAUUGUGUCCGAAAAUUUAGCUAAUUUAUCUAAAUAAAAAAAUUUGAUUGUUACAAUUCAUGUCUAAGGCCUGUAUGUCAGGCGAGACAAUGUCAUAAUGUUCGGUUUAGACCUGUUAAAAAAUAUUAAGAAAAUCGAUUUAAUUUUUUAUUAAAUAAAAAAAACCUCUAGA